AGAGGUGCUUAGUCAACAACUUCCCUUCAAGGAAAAGCUAUUAUUAUUUUGUCCAGUUUGCAAUUUAUACCUAAUACAUAAAGUCAUAACCACUUUCUCUCUCUCACCUGAAAAGAGAUAGAGAUAGAGAUGAAGAAGGCACCCCCUUGUUUGUUGAUUCUAAGCUUCUUAUUUUCAUAUGUUUAUUCACAAUCACAAGAUUCCUGCAAUUCUCCUCUCACCUUGCAAACCCCACUCACCUUUGACACAACUUCUAUGCAAUGUGCCUCUGUGUGGAGUUCUCAAGGCUUCAUCCUAAGAUAUGUGCAGGCUGCGCCGAAUGUAUGGAAUUUUGUGUUGUCAGCACCAAACACAAAUACAUAUGUUGGCAUAGGCUUCUCACCCAACGGCAACAUGGUAGGCUCAACUGCCAUAGUUGGUUGGGUUGGAUCAGAUGGCACUUCCAACAUGAAGCAAUACUUCUUGGGAGGCCAACAACCUAGCCUUGUUAGGUUGAUCCAACCACCCACUCAAGGCUUGCCACUUGGCAAUGGCUCCAUCAUGCACGUCCAAUCCGGCCGUAUCUACAUCGCCUUCCAGCUCCUCACCGCCCGCCCUACCUCGCGCCUCAUCUACGCGGUCGGCCCAGACACCCUCCCUCAGGGCCCCGAUUACCGCUUGACCGAACAUCAAGAGCACGUCGCCACCUCCUUGAAUUAUGCCUCAGGCCAAUUUGAAACGGAGAAACAACCAGAGUCGAGUCUCCGAAAAAGCCAUGGGAUUUUGAACAUGCUGGGGUGGGCCAUAUUGAUGCCGAUUGGGGCGAUGGUGGCCCGGUACAUGAGGAAGUGGGACCCACUUUGGUUUUAUCUGCAUGCCGUGAUUCAAUCAACGGCCUUCUUGUUGGGCUUAAUUGGUGUAAUCUGUGGUUUUGUUUUGGAUGAUCGUCUCUCUGCCAACGUUUCUAAACACAAAGCUCUUGGGAUUACUAUUCUCACUUUUGGCUGCCUCCAGGUUCUAGCGCUCCUAAUCCGACCAGAUAAGAGUUCGAAAGUUCGAAAAUAUUGGAAUUGGUACCAUUUUGGUGUGGGAAGGGUAUUGGUGUUCUUGGCUGCGAUUAACGUGUUUUAUGGCAUCCAUUUGGGCAAGGCCGGUUCAUCGUGGAAUGCCGGUUUUGCAGCCGUUCUCGUCAUUUUAUUCAUCAUCACUCUUAUUAUGGAGAUUAGAAUAUGGUUUAAAAAAUGAUUUAUGCUUUGUUUCUUGUAAUUUUUGUUAAUUACUCAUUGUAACUUAUUUGUUUAUGAUUGCAAAGGUUUUUUUAUUA